CUUGUGUGUCUGUCCCAAGUCCCUGUGUGUCUUUGUGUGUGUGUGUGCAUCCAUGUGUCUGCGUUCCUGUGUGCAGCUGUAUUCUUGUGUCCGUGUGUCCACGCCUGGUCUGUUCAUCUCUGAGGGUGCACCCUGGCCCUCGCAUCUGUCCUCCUCCAGCCUGGGGCCCCCUCCUCCAGCCUGCAUGGCCCCUCCCGCUGUGGAGCUGCAGCCUCCUCCCCUCCCCCAGCUCCGCACCAGGCUGCUGCGUCUGGUCUGGCGUCUGAGAAGGAGCAGGAGCAGCUGCCACUGUGCGGCAGCCGCAGCCCCAUCCGGACCCAGGGCUGAGUCAGGCAGGCGCUCCGAGCCCUGCUCUGCUGUUGGCCAAGGGAGCCAGGGUCUCUGGGGUCCCAACUUCCACGGAGGUUACCGAGGGACUGUGAGCUUUUUGUGCGGGGUGUUGGCAUGGAGUCCCUCUUCCCUGCCCCGUUCUGGGAGGUCCUCUACCAGGAGCACCUGCAGGGCAACCUGUCUCUCCUGAGCGCCAACCACAGCCUGCUGUCCCCCCACCUGCUGCUCAAUACCAGCCACGGCGCCUUCUUGCCCCUUGGGCUCAAGGUCACCAUUGUGGGGCUCUACCUUGCUGUGUGCAUCGGGGGGCUGUUGGGAAACUGCCUCGUCAUGUAUGUCAUCCUCAGACACACCAAGAUGAAGACAGCUACCAACAUUUACAUCUUUAAUCUGGCUCUGGCAGACACUUUGGUGCUGCUGACCCUGCCCUUCCAGGGCACAGAUGUCCUCCUGGGCUUCUGGCCAUUUGGAAAUGCCCUGUGCAAGACAGUCAUUGCCAUCGACUAUUACAACAUGUUCACCAGCACCUUCACGCUGACUGCCAUGAGUGUGGACCGCUAUGUGGCCAUCUGCCACCCUAUCCGCGCCCUCGACGUCCGGACAUCCAGCAAGGCCCAGGCCGUCAACGUGGCCAUCUGGGCCCUGGCCUCCGUGGUCGGUGUUCCUGUUGCCAUCAUGGGCUCGGCACAGGUUGAGGAUGAAGAGAUCGAGUGUCUGGUGGAGAUCCCCACCCCACAGGAUUACUGGGGCCCCGUGUUUGCCGUCUGCAUCUUCCUCUUCUCCUUCAUCAUCCCUGUGCUCAUCAUCUCCAUCUGCUACAGCCUGAUGAUCCGGCGGCUGCGUGGUGUCCGCCUGCUCUCAGGCUCCCGGGAGAAGGACCGGAACCUGCGGCGCAUCACGCGACUAGUGCUGGUGGUGGUGGCUGUGUUCGUGGGCUGCUGGACACCUGUCCAGGUCUUUGUGCUGGUCCAAGGGUUGGGUGUCCAGCCGGGCAGUGAGACCGCGGUGGCCAUCCUGCGUUUCUGCACAGCUCUUGGCUAUGUCAACAGUGGCCUCAACCCCAUCCUUUAUGCCUUCCUGGAUGAAAACUUCAAAGCCUGCUUCCGGAAGUUCUGCUGUGCAUCAACCCUGCGACGGGAGAUGCAGGUGUCUGACCGCGUCCGCAGCAUUGCCAAAGACGUGGCUCUCGCCCAAAAGACCUCUGAGACAGUGCCGCGGCCAGCAUGACUAGGCGUGGACCUGCCCAUGGUGCCUGUCAGCCCGCAGAGCCCAUCCACACCCAACACAGAGCUCACACAGGUCACCGCUCUCUAGGCUGACGCACUGUCACUGUGCAUUAUCAGCCUCCAUGGGUUGCCCUGUGGCCUAGGAGGGUCUGCUGCCAUCAUGGGACAGGUCAGAGCAGUACGGCCGCCCUCAAGGCCCUGGUCCUACUAGUGCAGGGCAGGGGCAGAUGCACGGACUCAGCUGGUGAGACUGCCUGGCCAGAGGUGCGCUGGCAUUGUCAAGCCUCAUGGACCCUUCUGGUCUCUCCCUCAACAUUUUGCUGUGGAUGGACACACACCUGGAGGUGUAACUGCAGCUGUACAGACCCAUGUGCCCUCACGCUGUGUGCUGUCUGCUUGGAGCCUUGCAGUGUCUCCUCUGCGUAGCUGGACAGGCAUGCGACUGCCUGGAGAGUCCAGCGGGCAUCCCCGGGCAGUGGGACUUGUUCUGAAACUUCCUUUGGAGGUUUCUCGGCAAGCCUGUUUCCUCCAGAACACAUGAACCACUGCACUACAGACAUGGCUGUUCAGGUGUGCGAGGUGCCCAGGAGGACCACUGCAGGCCUUUGUCAUUUGUGGAGCAGCCCCUGUGCCUGGCUCAGCUGCAGGGAGUGGGGAGGGCUCUGAGGUGACCUUUCUGGAGUGCCCGGGCUCCCCUCAGCCUCCCCCUCAGAUCCCUCCUGUCAGACUCCAUCCGAGGUCAGCGGCUGUGCAGCCAGCAGAACCCUCUGCCCUGUCUGUUCUGGUGGCCUUGGAAGGAUAGUAGUGGGCCAGGUUGUGCUCUGCAUCCCCAGUGACUGACCACUACUUCAUUUUCAGGCCUCCAGGUGUCUGUGGAGGACCUUCCUAUUGUUACAACUUGUCUUAAGCAGUGUCCAGUCAGAGGACAGCCUCGUAUGCAGAGCUGGUAGGAGAGCUGGGGCAAGGUUGCAAGGACUAUCUGGGUGUGGGACCCCUGCCCACCAUGGCCACCUAGAGAAGCACCGUCCUGGUCUGUAGAUGAAGCCCGUAGGUCGGUGACUUGGCAAAGGCUCUCCAUGCAGACUGGCUGCUGAAACAGCUGCCAGGUGAGCUGCAGAGCUGGCCAGGUGACCUGAGGCAGAGAGGGGGAGAUGUUGACUCUGGACUGGCCUCUCGUGCUUUGGGGUUCUGGGCCCUGUGGGGGUGUUCCUGGGGAGGGUGGGCCUCUCUGUGCCGCCAGCAGCGAGAGGCUGGGAGGACCAGAGCCACUACAACUGUGGCAUUUUCUCGCCAGCGCUGAAAGAUGUGUCAGCCUGUGCCUGUGUAACAUGUCUCCGUUUAUCUGUACAUGCCAAGAGUGUGAUUUACCCUGCAUGUAAACUGCCCUGAACUGUCUCCAGGGUCAUGACAGAGGGUCAGAAUAAACCCCUGCAUGCUA